AUGGCUGUGCUCCGCCCGUCGGGCGAGAUCUCAAGUUCAAUUUUGCAAAGUGCAUGCGCAAGUGGUGCCAUGGCCGGCAUUACUGCAGGCUCUUCGGCAGCCUCUGACGGUCAAGAAGGGGGUCCAGGGGAGAGCGCUCCAGUGGAGAGCGACGCGGAUACAGAACCGGAAAGUGCAGAAGGUGACAAAGGCAUCAGAGUGUUCGACCGCUUGGACGAUCUUGAGCCUGAAAGCUCACCGCCGCCGAGAGUUCAGCCAGGCAUCGUACAGCAUGCAGCAAUUGAUGCCUUCAGCAGGAUGGGCAAGCUUACCUCCAUCCAAAUGCCUUGGGAGUCCCCUUCUGUAAGCGCAAUCUUCAGCGAUCUGUCUGCAACUCUCCAGCCGAGCCUUGCAGCAUGUUGGCCCGGCAAUGUGCAAAAUGUGCCGGCAGUGCAGCCUCAGAUCGAAAACAUUAAGCCUGCAGUGGACGUUAAUUUUGUAACUGCACAAGGUCCAGUUUUUGCCAAAGUAGUCAAAUCGCGGCAAGGCGUCACCCCGCAACAGAAGCGCCAGCGGGAUUGGUUAAAGGCAGUCAACAUUUGGACAGACGUGUGUGUCAGGUUCAGGCGUGAGUGUGAGCCAGGCUUGGCAGCAAAAGAUGUUCCAGAGCAGGCUGCGUUCAGAGAAGCUGUCUUUGCAAAUGUCGAGGCCAAUGCGUGGCGUUAUGUUUCGCAGCUAAAGGAUAUGGAAGCAGCGCCGACGAAAGCCGAGGCCUUUCUAAGCUCGGCCAGGUUUGCCCAUUUUGUCCUGGGGUUUAAUUUGGCUUUGGUUGUUGAUAGUAAGCGCGUGAAAGGGGUAGCGCAGCAAAUGUUUGCGGGAAAGGAAGCCCUCAAACAAGCACUACCGCUGUCAGUACAUCAGGUGCUGCAGCUGCAUCAAGGUUUAGCAGAUGUGUCUCGUCACCUCGUCGACAGGGCGAUGUGUGCUUACGUCUUGAUUGCCUUAUACGGAAGAGCAAGACAUUCUGACCUCGAGCAGAUUUCGUCCAUCAAGCAUGAUCAUGACAAGUAUGGUGGGUUCCUCGAAAUCCUGACUAGAAAGCAUAAAGGUGCCAAAUCAGCACAAAAGAAGAGCAAGUUUUUGCCCAUCCUUGUGCCGGCCAUUGGCGUCCACGGAAAGCCGUGGAUGCAUUUGCUCGUUGAUGUGUUUCAGAGGUUGAGCUUGCCUGUUGACGGUGCUAUUGACGGGCCAGUCCUGCCUGCGCCGCGUGACAGUGGAGGCGAGGAGUUCUCGUGCCGGGCAAUUGAGUCUGGUGAGGUGACUGCUUUCCUACGGCAGUUCCUUGGUUUACCAGCGCCAGUAGCGGGCGAACGGGGCGUCUCUUCUCACUCCUUGAAAGCUACUUGCCUCAGUUGGGUCAACAAAUACGGUGUGUCAGAUCGCACGCAGACGGUGCUGGGAAGACAUUGCAAGUGCGCUUCCACUGCUGAUGCCGUGUACGCUAGAGACAUGUGUGUCGGUCCCACGCGCGAGCUGCAGCGCAUUAUUGAAGCCAUAGCCGGUGGAGAUUUCCGACCCGAUGAAGCUAGGUCUAGAUACUUCAGGUUUCCGCCUCGGCCACCGUCCCCCGUUGCUGAGGUGUUGGAGAACCAGCGCAAGGACGAGGAGAGUGUGCAAUCUGCAGCAGCAGAGUUGGAGGAAGGUGAAGCUAGCGAGCCGGAGGAGCCAUUUUCGUUGAGCCCCGCGUGUGGAGCCAGCGAGCAAGACGACUCCUCUUCUUCCUCGUCCGACGAUGGCUGCAGCAGCAGUGAUGAAGAGGAUCAGCCUCCGCCAGCUAAGGCCCAGCGCUUGCGUGGGCGCGCGCCAGUGAAUGCAGACGCCCAGGUUUGGUGGGUGCAUCGCAGGUCCAAGAUGCUGCAUCUGGUGAAUGGCCAGAAAGCCACGCCUGAUGAGGAGCAGAUCUUUGCGUGUGGGCGAUCUGUGUCUAGGAUGUUCCGGCCUGCUGAAGACGCAGAUGUGCGGGGUCCUGUGUGCAACACAUGCGCAAAGAACGCGUGA